UCCUGCGCGGACAUUUUCACGUGAUCUGGCGCUGUCGGCCGACGAGCUGCAUCGAGAGCUGAGCUCGAGGACAAGGAAGCACGCCGGUGAGCCGUGCGGCCAGCCUGAUGCCUGGCGCUGCCCGUGCGGCGGCAACAGCGCUUCUUCGAAGCAAACAGUCGAGCGAGAUUCCAGUUCUGCGCCGACGACCACCCUGCACGGCGCUGCGACGUCGGCUUCUGCUGCUCGGGCGAGAAGCUGGGCAUCAUGCGUGGCCCAUCCUGCGCUUCCCAUUCCCAUGCGCAGACUCACGCUCACCUUUGCACGCCAAAGCCGACGCGGGAGUGCGCUGAACACGAAAGGACAAAGGAGGGUGACGGUCCCGCGUCGCAUGAUCCCUCAGUCACCACGCGAGAUGCCGCACCACGCAUCCGCGUCGGCGUCGGAGCAGGGUCAGCGCUUCGCGUCCCUGCGCAACCCCGCUCCGAUACCCCUCGGCGUGCAGCGGGGCGUGCCUUGCGUAGCCAUGGGAAGCAUCAAGAUGGGCGGUAUUGCGAGCGGCUCGAACAGCCGCCCAGGUACCUGAGCGGACGCUCGGUGAGAUCUGCCGAACCAGAUCCCUCCGAGCCGGAUCGCUCCGCUCCGUCGUCGGCUCCGCCCCGUCUUGGCUUUGCGGCGCAGCAAGAAGUAGUGCCGCAGCCGAGAGGGAAGCCCGAUGGCCGACAGCUCCCACCGCCCUGCCAUGCUGCAGCUGCUGCCGAGCCGGCACGCUGCACCGCUCGCCUCCGCCGAUACUGCGUGCUGCGUCUGAGCGUCGCGGGCGCGGCAGCGCUCGGCCAAGUCUGCACACGUGCUUUGAGCGCAACCUCGAGCCUGCAGCUGCACGUCGGGAGUGCCAUGUCCGCGACACACGACGGCGUCAGGCUGCGGAUGACAGCAGCGGCAGCAGGCGCAGCCUUGGCCGCUGUGCGGCGCAGUUUGCCCGGCGAGCCCCGAGAGUCGUGGGCCCGCUGGAUCGGGUUGCGCCCGCUGCGGCUUGCGCGUGUGCACGGCUCAGCGAGCGUGCGAGCUGCGUCUGCACGCUGCAGCGCUGGCCUGGCCGCCUGCAGCAGCCUGGGACCCGCCUGGCCCAGAAGGUCGCCCUCGGCAUGCUGUCCGCGAGGCCUGGACGUGCGUCUAGGCUGCGGCCGCCGUGUGUCUCGCACCACGGGCUGCUCCCGCGCCAGCGCCGCAGCGGGCUACUCUACUGCAGGCGCGUACGGUAUUCCGUAGCCCAGCCCUCGCAGCGGCGCACGCACCGUGCAGCCCUGCUCGGCAGCGAGCUGCACCUCGUCGUCGAGAAACCGAGCGCGAUCCGCGGCUGCUUGCGACAGACGCUCCAUUGCCGAUGCCGCAAGCUAGCGGACGAUGCCCUUAGCACUCUCUGUCCGACGGAAGCAAGGCAGCGAGCGGCGAAGAUGUGUGUGCUUGUUUCAUGGGAAAGAAGGCCCUGCGUCCGCCAUCCGCCGUUGCUCUCUUCGCCCUCUCUCAGCGGCAGGUCAGCAGC